AUGGGGUGCAGUGUUUCAAGGUUAGAUUCACACGGGCACCCGUUCUCGGCUAGGCUCCGCCCUCUCCUCCUCCAGCGAUUCGAUGAGAUGAAGGCCCGACGCCACCAUGUGGGCCACCCUCUCAAGGACCCCACCCCCUCCAAGAAAGAGCUUCUAUCUUCAGAUGAUAUCGAUAAAAACACUGACGAUGAUAUUAAUGAUCAUCAUCCCAUGAUCAAACCCGAACAAGAACCUCUUAACAAGAAUCAUAAUAAUAAUGAUGGACGCUAUAAAGAUGAGGCGAAAGAGGCAAAAGAGGAUGAUGUUUUCAUGGAUGCAGAUGAGGAUGUGGAAGGUGAUGACAAUGAUGAUGUUGAUGAUGAUGAUAGCGAUAGUGAAAGUGAGAGAAGGAUCGGACAUAGAGAAGAUGAUGCAUUUCCUGGCUCUCCUAGUUUUCGUGUUUAUUUUAAGGAUAAUGAAAUAGAGGAUGGCCAUGUUGGGCUUGGUAAGAAUGAUGUCUUCAAGAAAAAGUUGGUCUCAAAAGAGGAGGUAACGUCGUCAAAGGAGUCAUCUGUGGAGAAGAAAGUGAAAAAAGGAAAGAAAAAAAGGAGUUUCAGAAAGGUGCUACCAAAGAAUUUGUUGGGCGUGAAAUCUUGCUACACACCAUCUCAUUCUCAUGCAUCGUCCCUUGACAACUCCCAAUUACUUGUGGAAAAAAUGACCACAUAA